AUGGAAAAAGUCUGGUUCAAGCUCCGUCAGCCGGACUAUCGGCCGGAAGACGAUGACAGCAUGGGAACCAGCAAAGAGACGAGCCCCCUUUGCCUGGGGCACUUCAUCUCAGACCUCAAGAACUUGGACUUUCCCCUUAACAGGGGCGAGAUUGAGGAGUUCCCAGUCAACAUGAAGGUCUAUCAGUCCAGCACCCUCCAUUUCCAGUGGAAGGAUUCACAGGAAGCCCAGACAGGCGGUGGUUUAGGAGCUGGAGCGCCAAUUGCUGCGGCAAUGGGGUUGGUGAUAAAAGCGAGCGCCCAGGCUCUUUUCCGUCACGAGGUCGAGCACUGGGAGGAGUACGACCAGCUCGACACCUAUAUCGUCCAACCUGACAGGAUCUAUGUGUCUGAGUGCCUCGAAGGUAAUAAGCUGGCAAACUAUAUCAAGGACAAAAAAUCAUGGUCCAUGUUCAUGGUCACCGGUGUCAAAGUGGCCCGCAAGGGCAAAAUGACUACAUCCAAGUCGAGGCAUUCUGAGGCAAGUGGUGAGCUUGAAGGAGAUGUCCCGACAGUUGCCUCGGCCAAGGGUAAUAUCACGGUAGCCCGUGGAAAGUCGGAGCAGUUUGGAGGCUCGGUGAUUUCGGACUUCAUCUGGGCAGUACGCCUUGCCAAAAUCUCCAAGGGCAUACUGAUGAAGGAUUGGUCACUGGCGCCGUAUACUAAGCGAGCGACGAUGGACACGGGCGACGAGGAACAGGUCGAUCUCGUCGGCACCGUAGCUGCUGAGGGUUUAGGGAGUUUCCGAGUCAUCGAGGACGCCGAGUUGGAUGAAGCCUUCGUGCUGGACGAUGAGCCGCUUCCGCCAGAAGAGGAAAGGGAGACUGAGUAG